AUGGCCCUGCUUAGUGUGAGAUUGUGAAGGAAGACAGUCUGAGGUAGUAUGAGGCACUCAUUUGAAAAAGUUCAGUGAUAUAUUUGUUGAGCUCUGUAAAAUGCAGUUGUAUUUAUCCCUUGUUUUGAGAGGGUUUUUAUUUUACACUGGGCUCUCAAAAAUUCUGCAAACUCAACAGCGGACAGUCAAAAUUGCAACAAAAUUCUCGUUUUUGUGUGGCAACUCAGAUAUUUUCUGUGAUCAUAACAACUCGUUAUACUUUUCAAUUGUGAUCACAGCACUUGACAAGGAGAGAGAAAGUUGUAACCUCAUUUAGGCUAUAUAACGUGUAUCCUGAAAAAAACAUACUAUUUGGGCAGUGGGAGAGCUGGGAAGUAUUGAUUGUAGCUGACCGAAACAAAUAAAUAACCACAUUUUGGGUUAAUGCAAAACAAAAUUGCUAUGUAAUAUAAAAGAGAUGAUGUAAAGAGGAUAAAUCAAUGUACAGUCUCUUUUUAGGUGUUUUUUAUGAUAAACUGAAAAUUAAAGGACAGGGAAAACAAAGGUCAAAGUCCUCACUGCACAUUGCAGAAGCUGAAGUCGGUAGGCAUCAUGAUAUGACCAGGUCCUGUACACAGUUCUUUGAAAACUGAAGAUACCCAGACUGAGGUGCUGUGCACAGCAUUGGAAUUGAAGAGUUAUGGAACAGUACACAGCAAACAGCAACAGUUCUACAGAACAAAUUGUUGUGCAAGCUGGACAGAUUCAGCAGCAGCAGCAGGGUGGUGUUACUGCUGUCCAGUUGCAGACAGAGGCCCAGGUGGCAUCCGCCUCAGGCCAGCAAGUCCAGACCCUCCAGGUAGUCCAAGGUCAGCCAUUAAUGGUACAAGUAAGCGGAGGUCAGCUGAUCACAUCAACUGGCCAGCCAAUCAUGGUGCAGGCUGUGCCUGGAGGUCAGGGCCAGACAAUCAUGCAAGUCCCAGUUUCUGGAACACAAGGAUUGCAACAGAUUCAGUUGGUCCAGCCAGGUCAGAUUCAGAUUCAAGGUGGGCAGGCGGUGCAGGUCCAGGGUCAACAGGGCCAGACCCAGCAAAUCAUUAUUCAGCAGCCACAGACUGCAGUUACUGCUGGCCAGACGCAGACCCAGCAGCAAAUAGCAGUUCAAGGGCAGCAGGUGGCACAGACAGCAGAAGGCCAGACCAUUGUCUAUCAGCCAGUUAAUGCUGAUGGCACCAUUCUUCAACAAGUUACAGUCCCUGUUACAGGCAUGAUCACCAUCCCUGCAGCCAGUUUGGCUGGAGCACAGAUUGUCCAGACGGGAGCCAACACCAACACAACCAGCAGCGGGCAAGGAACUGUAACUGUGACGCUACCGGUUGCUGGAAAUGUGGUCAAUUCGGGUGGAAUGGUUAUGAUGGUACCAGGAGCUGGAUCAGUGCCAGCUAUCCAGAGGAUUCCUUUGCCUGGAGCAGAAAUGCUUGAAGAGGAGCCCCUGUAUGUAAAUGCCAAGCAGUACCACCGGAUCUUGAAGAGAAGGCAGGCACGAGCUAAGCUGGAAGCUGAAGGGAAAAUCCCCAAAGAAAGAAGGAAAUACUUGCAUGAAUCCCGACAUCGUCAUGCAAUGGCUAGGAAGCGGGGAGAAGGUGGCCGUUUCUUCUCUCCAAAGGAAAAGGAUAGUCCCCACAUGUCGGAUCCAACUCAAGCGAAUGAAGAAGCAAUGACACAGAUGAUCAGAGUAUCUUAACCACUGGCUGAAGAAAAAAGCAACUGAACAAAUGUCCUGUCCUUUUGCAAGUGUGCUCUUCCCUACCCAUGUAUCAAGCAAAUCUCAAUGGGACAAUCGCCAUAUCGUAGCCUACCCUUUUCUACCAAACAAAACCCACUUUUUCAGCAAGUGGUUUGUUUGAGAUUUUAACUGCAGUGGACUCAACAAAUAGAAAUUACAAGGACUUUCUUUGUAGACCCAUUUACUUUAGUGCAGGGAUUUUGGUCUGACUACCAUGCCUUUUAAAUCUCCUGCACUAAGAUUGGCCAAGGGUGAGAGAGCCACCUACACAGCGAUCAGCAAUAAUCUGGCAUGCAGAAGCAGGGCUAACAAAGACCACUUGGAGCCAUGGCCCUUGUACAGAGGAGUAAAUCCAGCUGGUAGCAACCUUAGCUGACAUGGCUACAUCUCAGUGCAUUGUUUCCCGAGUUGAGUCUUUUUUUUAUUUACAUCUACUUCUCACAGCUUUGGACUUCAUUUGCUGACAACGGUUCACCGUAGUUACACCUGCACUUCUGGAACUGCAUGACAGAACUGAAGGGGUACUCCAAGCUCCGUCCUGUAAAAUAAGUAAACAGCAAUCUUUUCUGGGAAAAGUUGAACCAUCUUUGUCAAGUUGCUUUGAAUACUGCAAAACCUUUACGAGACUUGAAAUGUUGUAUAUCUGUUUCAAGGAGUAAAAGGAGUGGCUCACUGGCAUAGAGAGAAACUGAUUAGGAGAAAUAAUCCUCGUGCUGGUGUUGUUCGAUAUGCAUGUUGAUGGCAGCAGAUGCUUUGGCAGAAAUCCAACUGCGGGCAUGAAAAGAAUUAAAUCCUCUAAGUGACUCUUCUAAUAGAUAUUCAGUGUCUGUUUUAAUUUUUGAAAAUUGCUGAUUCAGUACUUGGUUAUUAUAAAAGAAAUGAAAUCUGAAAUCUCAUAGUAGCAGGACUGGCCAUCUCCUGGUGUGGCUGUUUUUCACUGGUAUUAUGAAUCCUACAGAGUUAUGUACAAUGCCUUGAGUCUGUUCAGUAUGUAAGAUGGCUCCAUUGCAGCUGGAGCAGAGGACAGCUCGACUCUGUGCAUCUUAGUCUAGCUGAAGGACUGCUUUAUAAAUGAAGGCAGACCUUGGUGAUCUCCUUCAGGUUUUUUACAAAAUAUCCUCAUGUUGUGAAGAUGACACUUAAGGAAUGGUGGGUUUUUGUUUGUUUUUCUGAAAAACGUUCCUUUUUGUGAUCUUUAGCUGAGCUCCUGCUGAAUAUUUGUGGUAAACCAUUAGGUUAAAGAUAAGGGCAUAAUUGUCAAAUGCUGAAUUUGGGCCAUCACUGAAGAUUUCAGAUUUCCCAGUAGAUGUUUGGGUUCAUACAGCUGCCUAAGAGGUGAUAUUUAUCUGCCUGUUUAUGCCCUCUGCUCAUUUCAUGGCAUAUGCGAUGGGACCCGCUGUUUGUCUGUAGGGCUCAUGCCCUGCUACAGCUGAACAGACAAAACGAAUAGGGUCACUAGAAUUAGCUAGACUCUCGAAAGGGUAGCUAGGUCUGCUGCUGGAGAAAGGGUGAUGCACGAGUCUGAAAAUAAAAGCAAGGAGAGGGAAAGCUUUUGUAGGUGAUGUAGUGAAGAAAGGGACUGGAAAAGUCAUUUGAAUUUCAGAGGAGUUUAUCUCAAGGUGACGGAACCAUUGCAAUUGCUUGGAGCACAUUUUCUCUUAUCGUUCCCUCCAGUGUUUGUUGGGGGGUGGAAGUGGGAGAUCCGUUAAGUUUCAUUCUGCCAAAGGGAGAAAUAGUGAAGGGGAAGGAGAGGGUAGUCAAAGCCACCAAAAGAACGUUUUCCUCUGAACAGUAGAGAAGAACCUUAAGCCUGAGAGUACCAAGAAAUGGGAUGGUGAAAAGGGAGAGACAACUGAUUUUUUUUUUUUUUUCCUUUUUUUUAAAACUUUUUAGUUCGCCAGCAGGUUCCAGCACCAAGAACGCUAGUGUUCAGGCCAGCCGCAUAGGGAGGUAUCUGAACUCCAGACAGUUAAGCUACAAAGAAAGAAUUGCUAUUGAGAUUUUGGCCUUUGGCACAUCAGCUGGAUUCUGUAAUUAUAGAGGAACGUUGUUCCUGUUCAGUCUUGACUAAAGUGUUUUCCUUCUGGUAGUUGAUAACACUUUGUUUUUUGCUUAGCUUUUGUUAAUUAUGUGCUACGUCCAUUGUUCCCAAUGUAAGAGUUGCAAUCCCACAUGCAGUUGUAGUUAUUGGUGGGGUCACAAGCCUCAUGGAAAUUCAUGGAAACAGGCUUGUGGCAAGAGUGGGUUUGCUUCCUGAACAGAUUGGGAGCUGCUUUUGUAAAUACAGGGAGGCAUUGGGGUAUCACCUUUUAAGUCUACGCAAAUAUUCUGUUCCUAAGAUUUGAAUUUCUGCUUAAAAUUGUUUGUUCUUGCCCCUUUACAUUGUUGGCAUCUUUGGUGCCUUUGUUUGACGCCUUAAGAUAUUUUGGCGGAUUGGAGUAUGGGUGCGUUUUUCUUCAGUUGGCAUAUUUGAAGCCCUUGCUGAGUAUUGCAUCUGGUGUCCCCUAUUUCAGGAAAUGCAUAACUCUUAGCGAAGGAACGUUUAGCUAUUUGGCUUUGUUUGAAUGAACGGUUACUUGCAUCAUUAUUGUAAAUAUAUUUUUCAGAGCUUUUGUACAUUUUGUCAGUCUGGGGUACUGAUGUGCACAAGGGGAAUACGUCCAUUCUGGAUUGAGGGAACCUCUCAGUAAUGUUUCUACUUUAAGCUGACAGGUCACCUCUAUCCCUGAGAACCUCCUGUGAAAGCUGGGAAAUCGGGGGAAUGAGGUUAUCACUCUGACACUUUUUGUAUCUGGGUAACUACCAACCAGUAUUUAUUGGUUUUCUUUACAAAUUUAUAAACCUUCGUAAAACAUCUAGAACUCUUUUCCGGGUAAGUUCUCCCCACGCCGCCCAAAUGUAGGGUCUUGAAUCUGUAGCUUUAGAAUGUGUAUAAGGGCAUAUAAAUAUAAGGAGUUCUUGUGGUUAUUUCCCCUCUCUUCCACCCAAAUGUGGUGUGAAAGGCUUAGAGCCAUUAUCAUACCUUUUCAGUUUAUUUUGGGUUUCUUGUAUUUAGCAACAUUAGAUUCUAAAGUUAGAGUUUCAUCAGUGACAUUGGUACCAAUUUGAGAUCUUUUGGGCACAAAAAAUACGAGUUUACCAAGUAAAUUUUUAAAACUGGAAAUGCUGCCAGAUUGCGUGAGACUCCUACCUUGUGUUUGAGCCUCGAUUUGCAGAAAAACUCCAGUUUAGUUUGGGAGUGCACGACGGGACAGACGAGGAGAACAGAAGUGACGACAGCUCCGAGGAAAACUAACUCUUGAUGGUGUGACCCAUAAAGGACUGGAGCAAUGAACCUAUCAAAAGCCAGUUUCAUAUAAAUGUAGAAGGGGGUGUGGGAAAGACCCUUGAGUGAUGCUAAAUGAUUUCAAUGCUUUGCAUGUUUAAAAA